CUCGGCGUAUGCGACUCCGGAGUCGGCUCGACCUCGGCUCGCGAAAGCCUGAUCGACCGAGAGAAAGUGAGACAGAGAGACAGCAGGUAAAACAGGGCUGUACGCUACUCGCGUGUCCAUCCAUCUUUUCCUCCCUCUCUUUCUCUCUCCCUCUCUCUUUUUCACUCUCAUUCUCUCGUACUUCUUUCUAUCCCCAAUAUUUUUAGCCAUUUGUGCGUGUUAAUAUGCGACGUUUUCGGCAAUCUCGUGCUACAUUGAUGCGCGCCGCAAAAUUCGUCAUGCUCGAUGCGCUCGCUGCGAUUUCGGGCACUCGUUGAUGAGUUAAACGCUACACCGACCGGACGAAAAAAACAUCGCUAUAUUUCGUGGCCCGGUGGCAGAUAAAUAUACGAGUGAUUUUCAAACAAAUAGUUUUCGAGUUCAACGAUGAAUCCGGAUAUAUUCCUCGCACCCGUUUAACGGAUAUGUUCAUUCAAACGGAAUGAAUAGGUGGAAAGAAACGAGAACAACAGAAUAUUCGAUUCUCUGUGUUCACGUGCAUGGAUUAAAGUGUACACGUGGAGAGGGAUUCGCAAAGGUCAAUCGAGGCUAAAUACCCGCAAACAAGACCGAGUGAAAAGUGUGCAGUUGACGAGCUAUUUAUUUCCUUUAAUCUACACUCGUUUUAGUUCUCGUGAAUAUUGUGUAACUACGGGAUUCUAAUUUUUUAUUCGAUAAUACAAGAGAGUCGCGUCAGUGUGCGAGCGAAUUCGUGAAUGUGCUUUUUUUAAUGUGCCAUCUCCAAUUUGUGCGGAUUUAUACAUUGAUAAAAGAAGGGAAAAAAAUGAUUGACGAGCGCACGAAUAAACUCGCCGUCUCGUGAUUUACGGGAUAAUACAUAUACGUGUACAAAUACACAUGUAUACAUUCGGGGUCAACGACGAGGUCGUUAAAGAUCGUUGUUUUUGUCGAGUGAAUGAGAAAAUGUCGUGGAUUACGAUACGAGGGACCGGAAGUAUCGGCAUGAAACUUUCGACGAGCUAUUCCCGGCGAGCUACGAUCGCCAGACCGAGACGGUGGCUGAACGGAAGAACCUUGAUAUUUUUGUAUCUCUGUACAAUAAUGGGAAAAGCGACGACGGCGAGCGUCAUCAGUGGUAGCUCUUUUACGAAUUCGUCACAAUCGUCGGCUUCGACCUACAGACCCGCGUCUACCACGCAAAUAAUAUAUCAGAGAUUCGCCAUUCAACCUCAAGAUCAAACCGCCGUUAUCGGUAGCCGAGUCACGCUCCCCUGUCGUGUUCUCGAUCAAAAAGGACCGAUUCAGUGGACCAAGGACGAUUUCGGUCUCGGGGCUGUGAGGAACCUCACUGGAUUCGAACGCUACGCGAUGAUAGGAAGCGACGAAGAAGGUGAUUUCUCUCUCCAUAUUUAUCCAGUGGAACUUGAGGACGAUGGGAAAUAUCAGUGCCAGGCUUCACCAACGAACGAUGGGCAGCCGGGGCUUAGAUCGAGAUUCGCCAAAUUGAGUGUUCUCGUACCACCUCAGAAACCAAAAAUACUUCAGGGUGAUUUCCUCGUGACGACCGAAGAUCGAGAGCUCGUGAUAGAGUGCAUAAGCGUCGGUGGAAAACCGCCUGCUGAUAUAACCUGGAUCGACGGCUUGGGCACUGUACUUCACAACGGAAUCGAAAAGUUUGAGGAACCGUUCGACGGCGGACCACUGACCACCGUCAGAUCCGUUCUGAGAGUUAUGCCGCGAAAGGAACACGACAAUACCACCUUCACUUGCCAGAGCCAGAACGCUGCCGAUCGCACACCUCAAAAUGCCAAGCUUCGUGUCGAGGUCCGCUAUGCCCCGAAAGUAUCGCUGAAGAUUCCGCCCGAAUCGUCAAAGAAGAAGAACGGACGUAUCGUCGAGGGCUCGGAAUUGCGGUUCAAGUGCCAUGCCGAAGCGAAUCCACCGGACAUGGAGUACUGGUGGUACAUCAACGAUAAGAAAGUAAUAGGCGACUACACUACGGAAAUGAUUAUCCACAACGUCACCAGGGAUCUUCACGAUGCGAUCGUAAAAUGCGAAGUUCACAAUGACAUCGGCAAGAGCGAAGAAACGGAAACAUUGGAUAUAACAUACGGCCCCCAAUUUCGACAUCCCCCAAUAUCCGUCGAAACACACUACGGCGCCACGGAGAUAUUGCAGUGUGACGUCGACGGUAAUCCACCGCCAGAGAUUCUUUGGAUUCACGAGGACUCCGAUAGAAUAGUCGCAACGAGUCCCAACAUAAGUGUCGUAGUGAGCCCGGAAACUGCCGGUCGUUACUACUGCAAGGCUCACGUGCCAGGAUUUCCCGAAUUGACCGGUUACGCAAACGUUUUUAUUCGCGCACCACCGAGCAUCGUAUCACAGCGAACACAGUAUGUUCCUGACGAAGGUGUAGUCAAGGUGAAAUGCACAGCGAUAUCGGUGCCAAGAGCAGAAUCAGUUGUAUGGAGUUUCGCCGGUCAUGAGCUUAAUUUCUCGUCGAACAAUACGCCAUUUUACGUACAGGAAGAAUAUACACCAGAGAGGGUAGUCAGCACGGUUACUCUUCGUGAGCCAAUGUCAACCUACUUCGGGGAUUACAAUUGUACGAUCACGAAUAGUUAUGGAACGGAUUCUGUGAUCAUCAAACUCACUACGCAGACGUUGAUUCCAGUUGAUUGGCAACUGAUCCUGAUUAUCGUGGGCCUUAUUGUCUGCGUCAUACUAAUUGGAAUCAUCGUGGCGUUGAUACUGCACUGUCGGGAUCGGAUAAAACAGCCGAGGCCAAGAUCCGUACAAACGCCGGAAAACGAUUUGCAAGAAACGGACUCGAAUGCCGAUCGUUACCGCGAAAGCGAUCGAAGCAGUAAUUUAUCGGACGUUAAGGCCGAUAUCCGAGCUGGGUCGAGUGUAAGCAACGCCGAAAGCGUGACUGCCUUGGACAGCGAGGGUGAAGGAAGUACGAGAGGCGUUAACGCUCUCGCUCUGGCUGGUCCUGUACCUAAUCCUCUUGGUUAUCGGUACAGCGCCGACUACACCGAACCUUCUUUUCCACCGAAAAACAACGACGGAAGCAACAACAACGGCUACGUACCGUACGUUGAUUAUUCCCGGGAUUAUAUGCCACCGACGACUCAGGGUAUCGGUGCAUCUCGUGAGUCUUUGAGCCGGAUACAAUCCAGCGGUAUCCUCGGAUCCAAGAAAAUUGGACUCAGCUCGGCAAAUCUUGGACUAACCUCGCCACAAACCACCCCGAUUAUUGAUCCAAGAUUUUCAGCUACUUAUGGCAAUCCAUAUUUAAGAAUGUCGGCCGCUGAACAGCUUAGACACGCGCCACACGCCGCUAUACCUGGGGUAACACCAGCCCCACCACCCUACACUCAAGCUAUGCGGAUGAAUAGUCUCAGCACCCUUAACGGUGCCGGUCCACAGGCACCACUUUCAGCACAUUAUAUAACGGGUGGACCGAACGGUGGUGUUGCAACAGUGAAACGUACGUCGGGGGUGGGUACGCUAGCGACGCACGUAUGAGAAAAGGAUUAU